GUGAAUAAUGAUCGUCUUGUCCCUGUGGAGAAGACCCCGGCCGAGACGCUUCCAUAUGUAUCUACUACCACACCUCUUGUCACGCAGUCGUGGUACCGCUGUACUUCAAACAAGGUUAUUGAGCAUAUACGCAACAGAUACAGCCUACCCAAACAAUCAGCAUCGGUUCUGUUCUUAUCCUGCAUCAUCUCGUUUGUCUCAUGACUGCAAGCAGCAACCCCUCAAGAUGCUCGAUCACAAGGAGGUACCAUCGCCCUCAAGAUACUUUGUGCAUCCUGUGGUCUGGGGCCCAUAGUGGAGUCAGCUCUCAAGAUCCGUAAGAAUGGGCGUAGCUCACCUCAAAUGCCAAAGUGCAUGUCCGGACGCUGUAAUUACUGACUCGCUCGCACCCCCUUUCCCAACCGCUGUGUUCAUUGGAGCUUGUAACGUAUGUGAGGCUUUCUGCACCAUCCGAGCCUUUACUGCAGCUGCAUGAAGGUAACACAAUGGCAGAGACAUACUGGUGUGUAGCUGGCCGAUUGCAACCAGUCAACGACGGGAUCAAAUUAUGCGGAGGCCCGAGAUAAGCAACGCGACUUUUAGAGACAAUAAGGACUUGAUAAGGACAGGUCAUUCCCUCAGAGUAUCUCUGCAUCCACCACUCACAAAAAAGCCUGCAUAAUGUCCCAAAACUCCGGCCUCUACGAUAUCUCUAAACCCCGGUUCGACUUGGAAACUUAUGGCGGCCGUCUCGCAUACUUUUACUCUACCACCUCCCCGUUGACACUCCUCGCAUCCUCCUCCCAGCUCGCUCAGGCCCAAAAGGAUGCGACCCAUUUCGAGUCGUCCAUCAAGGAAAAUGGCAACAAGGGUACUUGGGUCACGAAGGAGCAACGGGAUACCUACUGGAAUGCCAAGCAACUGGUCAAUUCGUCUAUUCACCCUGACACCGGCAAGCCUGUGCCCCUGCCCUUCAGGAUGUCCGCCUUCGUCCCUACCAACUUGAUAAUAUGUGCCGGUAUGCUCACGCCCAACGCUUCCCUCAAAUCCAUCAUCUUCUGGCAAUGGGCCAACCAGACACUCAACGUUGCCGUCAACUUUUCCAAUGCCAACAAGUCCAUCGAGAUGACUCCCCAAGAGAUCGGAACUGCAUAUACCGCCGCAACCGCCACUUCCGUCCUGCUUGCCGUUUCCCUGACUCGCCUGGUCCCUCGUCUCCGGGUCUCCCCUACCGCCAAGGACUUGCUCGCCAAGCUGGUCCCAUUCGCCAGUGUGGCCAGUGCCGGUGUUGUCAAGUACGUCUCUUUAUCCAGGCUCCCGGUGAGCCACGCUGACACGGCUGUAGCAUCUCAUGUAUCCGAUGGAAAGAGAUGCGAGAUGGUGUGGAAGUGUACAAGAUCACCAAAGACCCCAGCGACGGUCAUGAGGAGAAGCAGACGCUCGGCAAGAGCUCCAAAGCUGGGCAGAUGGCCGUCAUGCAGAGUGCUGCUAGCAGGGUGUUUACCAACAUUCCCACUUUGAUCAUCCCUCCUAUGGUGAUGACCUUCCUCCAAGCCCGGGGUGCCUUCUCCGGCCCGCGUGGUAGAUUUGGUUCCACGCUGGCUCAGCUCACUCUCAUCGGUCUCUCCCUCGGCCUAUUCCUUCCUCCCGCCAUCGCCUACUUCCCUCAAAGGGCAGAGACGGAUGCUUCCAAGCUUGAGAAUAGGUUCUUUGAGGAGGGUAUCAAGGGCAAGGUGUACUUCAACAAGGGUCUUUGAGCCCGAGGCGAUGAACGAGAGCCUUGUAUACGAGUGGCAGAUAGGCAAGAGGUAUGCAUGUACAUGGGGCAUCAAAGCUGACUGGGAUCUUCUUGCACACGCGCG